UUGCAAAUAGUGUUUAUAAAAACUGCGUUGAAAUCAUUAAACAAAAAUAUUUCAGAAAUGGAUACUUGGCUUGUUACCGUAACGCUUUUAGUGGGCGUGUUGGGUUCACUUUAUGUAUUCCUAAUGUGGAAUUAUGGUAAAUGGCGGAAACGUGGUAUUCCUGAGGCAAAAUCGUAUCCAGUAGCUGGUUCAUUUCCUUCUAUUUUAACACAAAAACGUCACAUUAUCUAUGAUAUUGAUGAGAUUUAUAGAAAAUAUAAGAAUACUGAUCGUUUUGUGGGAGUUUAUCAAAGUCGUUCGCCACAAUUAUUGAUCCUGGAUCCAGAAUUGGUGCAUAGAAUUUAUGUUAAUGAUUUCAAAUCAUUUCAUGAUAAUGAAUUUUCUGAUUUUGUAGAUGAAAAAUCCGACUUGAUUAUGGCCAAUAAUCCGUUUGUUCUAAAAGGCGAUAAAUGGAAGGAACGUAGAUUGGAAAUUGUGCCCGGUAUGACACCAAGUCGUAUCAAAAAUGCUUAUCCAGUAACUUUGGAUGUCUGCAAACGCUUGACACAAUACAUCAAAGAACAAUCUAAGAAAGCGGACAAAAGUGGUUUAAAUACCCAUGAUUUUUGUUUACGUUACACUUCCGAAGUUGUUACCGAUUGUGUUUUGGGUAUUAAAGCUGAAAGUUUAACAGACAAACCUACGCCUAUUUUAAAUAUGAUCCAUAAAUUAUUUGAUCAAUCUAUCAUGUUUCUAAUUUAUCAAAUAGUUGUCGGUUUGCUUCCCAGCUUAAAACAUUUCUAUAAAAUGACUUUAUUCCCCAAAAAAAGCAGAAAGUUCUUCUUUAAUUUAUUGCAACAAUCUAUUGAUAUGAGACGUCAACAGAAUGAUGGUGGUGAUCGCGUGGAUUUCUUAAAUUAUUUGAUACAAUUACAAGAUAAAAAGGGUUUAAGUACGAAUGAAAUGGCCUCUCAUGUGAUGACCUUUUUAACAGAUGGUUUCAUAACAACAGCUUCUGUAAUAGCCCAUUGUUUGUUAGGACUUGCUAGAAAUCAAGAAGCCCAAGAGAAAUUGCGUCAAGAAAUUUUAGCAAAUCAGGAUAGUGAAGGCAUUUUAACAUUUGAAAAACUUUCAGAAUUGCCCUAUUUGGAGGCCUGUUUUCAUGAAUCUUUACGUCUAUUUCCCCCUCUGGUUUUCGUUACCAAACUCUGCACUGUACCUACUGAGCUGAUUAAUAAAAAUGGCCAGAUUCUCAAACUGAAAGAGAAUGAUAUUAUUAUGCUUUCCCACUACAGUUUAUAUCAUGAUUCAAAUAAUUUUGAAGAUCCAGAGGAGUUUAAACCAGAAAGAUUUUUACCUAAAAAUGGUGGUAUUAAAAAAUAUCGAGACCAGGGUAAAUUUGUUGGUUUUGGAGAUGGUCCACGUAUUUGUUUGGGCAUGCGUUUCGCAUUGACUCAGGGAAAAGCAGCCAUUGUUGAGCUUGUGCGCAAUUUCAAUAUUAAAUCUAAUUCCAAAACACGCAGCGACAAUUUGUUGGAUAAAUCUGAGUUUAUUUCACGUCUCGAUGGUGGUGUUUGGUUGGAUUUUGAGCCAAGAAAUGUUUUAAAAUCGAGAAUUAAACAAAACAUUCUUAAAAUGGAUACUUGGCUUGUUACCGUAACGCUUCUAGUGGGAGUAUUGGGUUUACUUUAUAUAUUCCUAAUGUGGAAUUAUGGUAAAUGGCGGAAACGUGGCAUUGCUGAGGCAAAAUCAUAUCCUGUAGCUGGUUCAUUUCCUUCUAUUUUAACACAAAAACGUCACAUUAUCUACGAUAUUGAUGAGAUUUAUAGAGAAUAUAAGAAUACUGAUCGAUUUGUGGGAGUUUAUCAAAGUCGUUCGCCACAAUUAUUGAUCCUGGAUCCAGAAUUGGUGCAUCGAAUUCAUGUUAAUGAUUUCAAAUCAUUUCAUGACAAUGAAUUUUCGGAUUUUGUAGAUGAAAAAUCCGACUUGAUACUGGCCAAUAAUCCAUUUGUGCUAAAAGGAGCUAAAUGGAAGGAACGCAGAUUGGAAAUUGUGCCCGGUAUGACACCAAAUCGUAUCAAAAAUGCUUAUCCAGUAACUUUGGAUGUCUGCAAACGCUUGUCUCAAUACAUCAAAGAACAAUCUAACAAAGCUGGCCAAGGUGGUUUAAAUAGCCAUGAGUUUUGUUUACGUUACACUUCAGAAGUGGUUACCGAUUGUGUUUUGGGUAUUAAAGCCGAAAGUUUAACCGACAAACCUACGCCCAUUUUAAACAUGAUCAAUGAAUUAUUUGAUCAAACAGUCAUGUUUCUUAUCUAUCAAAUAGCUGUUGGUUUAUUACCCAGUUUAAAACAUUUCUAUAAAAUGAAUAUGUUUCCCGAGAAAACCAGAAAGUUCUUCUUUAAUUUAAUGGAACAAACCAUUAAAAUAAGACGUCAGCAAAGCGGUGGUAGUGAUCGCGUGGAUUUCUUAAAUUAUCUGUUACAAUUGCAAGAUAAAAAGGGCUUAACUUCCAAUGAAAUGGCCUCGCAUGUGAUGACCUUUUUAACAGAUGGCUUCAUAACAACAGCUUCUGCAAUUGCCCAUUGUUUCUUGGGACUGGCUAGAAAUCAAGAAGCCCAAGAAAAAUUGCGUCAAGAAAUUUUAACAAAUCUAGAUAGUGAAGGCAUUUUAACAUUUGAAAAACUUUCGGAAUUGCCCUAUUUGGAGGCCUGUUUCCAUGAAUCUUUACGUCUCUUUCCACCUCUGUUAUUUGUUACCAAACUCUGCACUGAACCUACUGAGCUGGUUAAUAAAAAUGGCCAGAUUCUCAAACUGAAAGAGAAUGAUAUUAUUAUGCUUUCCCACUAUAGUUUAUAUCAUGAUUCAAAUAAUUUCGAAGAUCCUGAGGAAUUUAAACCAGAAAGAUUUUUACCUGAAAAUGGUGGUAUUAAAAAAUAUCGAGACCAGGGUAAAUUUCUAGGUUUCGGUGAUGGUCCACGUACAUGUUUGGGCAUGCGUUUCGCUUUGACUCAGGGUAAGGCUGCCAUUGUUGAGCUUGUUCGCAAUUUCAAUAUUAAACCAAAUCCCAAGACACGCAGCGACAAUUUGUUGGAUAAAGCUGAGUUUAUUUCACGUCUCGAUGGUGGUGUUUGGUUAGAUUUUGAGCCAAGAAAUAAAAUGCUUUUAAUAACUCUAUGGUUGCUGCUGGCUGUGGUGGCAUUAAUCUAUAUAUUUCUUAUAUGGAAUUUUAACUAUUGGAAAAUACAUCAAGUUAAUGGACCCAAGCCGAGGAUUAUUUUUGGCAACUUGCCCAGUGCCAUAACAAAGAAAAGACAUUUUAUGUAUGACAUAUGGGAUAUUUACAAGUCAUAUAAAUAUACGGAUGAUUUUGUGGGCAUAUUUAAAAAUCGUACGCCACAAUUAUUGAUUUUAAGUCCAGAGUUGGCCAGACGUAUUUAUGUUAGUGAUUUUAAGCAUUUUCAUGAUAACGAACAAGUUGAAUUGAUUGAUGAUAAAACCGACUUUUUGUUUGCCAACAAUCCGUUUGUGGCCGGUGGAGAAAAAUGGAAAGAAAGAAGAUCACAAAUAAUACCCGGUUUAACCUCACAAAGAAUCAAAAAUAUGUUUCCUGUGACUUUGGAAAUCUGCAGACAUAUGUGCAGCUACAUUGAACAACAAAUUAAGGUGCCACCAAAAGAGGGCAUUGAUGGCAAAGAUUUAGCUUCCCGUUUCAUGGCCGAUAUAAUAGCCGACUGUGUAAUGGGUCUUAAAAGUGAUAGUUUUAAAGAUCAUAACUCUUCACCCUUACUCAUAAUGCAGCAUAAAAUGUUUGAAUAUUCAUUUAUAUUCUCAUCGUUAGUUGGUCUAUUUCCCGGCAUUCUGAAAUUCUAUAAACAACGUUUUCUUACCAAAGAUUUUGAAGACUAUUUUCUUGGUCUUAUGUCAAAAGCAAUAGAUUUGCGAAAAUCUAUAAAUUCUAACAAAUCUAUGGAGGAGAGGGCUGACUUUUUGAACUAUAUAUUGCAAAUGCAAGAGAAAAAGAAUCUGUCACAAAUGGAAAUAUCAGCACAUACAAUGACAUUUGUAUUGGAUGGUUUUGAAACUGUGUCCUCGGUAUUGGCUCACGGUUUAUUAAUGUUGGCACGCCAUCCGGAAAUUCAGCAAAAGUUACGAACUGAAAUUCGAGAUAAUGUUGGCACUGAAAGGAAUUUUGAAAUUAUAUCAGAACUACCCUAUUUAAAUGCCUGUAUACAUGAAAUUCUUCGUUUCUUUCCCGUAAUAUUUUUUUCACGUAAACUCUGCACUGAAUCCCUAGAAUUGACCAAUAAAAAUGGCAAAACUUAUAAAGUUCCAAAGGGUCUGGUGGCUAUUGUUCCCCAAUAUGCCAUUAUGAUGGAUGAAAAUAUUUAUUGCAAACCUUUUGAAUUUCAACCAGAACGUUUUCUAGAAGAAAAUGGAGGCGUUAAGAAAUAUUUUGAUAUGGGUGCUUAUUGGGGUUAUGGCGAUGGUCCACGUAUUUGUUUAGGUAUUCGUUUUGGUUUAGUUCAAAUAAAAGCGGCCUUGGUGGAGAUUUUAAGUAAAUUUGUGGUGAAACCAAAUCCCAAAACUCGUAACGAUUAUAAAUUUGAUCCGCACUAUUUUUUGGCACGCUUGGAUGGCGGUAUUUUCCUGGAUUUUGAAUCAUUGUAA